UGAAGCUAUUAAUGAACAAGAUACUCAAAAUAAAGAUAAUUCUGAGGCACUUCUAUAUGAAUUAAAUAAAAUAGAUGAUAUUAUUUUCAAAGAAUUUGAAGAAGCAAUAGUAUCCAAUGAAGCUGUAAAUCUUAUCUUUGAAGUUAAGCUUGAUCAAGAACUUUUAGAAAUUGUUUUAGCUGAUUAA